AUGAAUGGUUACACCUUGAAGCUGACACUCGUAUUAAGAUGGAGCAGAGUGCAAGUUCAUAGAAAAAGUGAUAACGGAGCUACUCCUUUACAUACGGCAUCACGUUUAGGCGAGUGGAGACAGUGUAAAAAGUUGAUACAAGAUGGAGCUCCAGUGAAUGCCACUGAUUUUGGUGGUUGGACCCCUCUUCAUGAAGCUUGCGCUCGAGCUCGUUUUAAAGUUGCAAAAACUUUAAUUGGCAAUGGUGCUGAUGUUAACGCAGUAUCAAAUACUGGAGAUACACCGCUUCAUGAUGCAGUGAGAAGAGGAUGUGAAAAAUUGGUUUGGCUUUUAUUACAUUCUGGAGCUGAUAGGGACAGGACGGAUCGAGCUGGGAAGAAGCCUAUAGAUUUGUGUCCUGCACGUUGUGUAUCAAUAAAAAGCCUUUUAACUUCUUCAGGAGUUCCAGAAAAGUGCCCUUCGGGAGGUGAUUCAACGGAAACCUCUCCUGUCGAGCAUCAUGUGGAACUUCGCCAUCCGUUAUCAGUAACAAUUGACUCACCAAGCAUGUCGGCUUCUAAACAGCCUACUCCCUCGCCUGCGGAAACAGAAGCUACUGUCCAUUCAGAAACAUGUCUUCAAGAAGAAAGGGAGCAAGAGAAUCUGGAUUCUGACAUCGAUCGGACUAUGACACGAGAAGGAGAGAAACAAGGGAUGAUUACUGAAGGAAGUACUGCUGAUGCUGAUUCCAUAAAAAAAACUCAGGACUCUAAUGAUGUACGGAGUGGUGAUGUGGCAGCGGCUCAGAAGCGAGCGGUUUGGGGUAAUGAUGAAGUAACAGCUGCAAAAAAUGAUGAAGCCUUGGAGGCUGAAGCGGAAGAUGGUGAUCAAGAGAGUGGUGCACAACCAGAAGAUGAGUCUUCGGGCGCUGAACCGCGAAAAUGGGCUAGAACUAGGGGUACGCCAAAGAAAGUCCCGCUUGGUCAAGAGAAACAACAUGUUUUCACAGACAGGAGAAAGCAGCGCGGAAGAAGACGAGGAAAAGUCACAACUGCAUCAAGAUCUCUGGUCUUACCUCACCCAUCUACGUCGGAGGAUAUUUAUGAAUUUCGUUGUAGCCCAGAACCAGAAGCCCACGACAAUACUCAGAUAGAAGUAACAGAUGAAAACGGUAUUUCUCCAGAUGCAAAACGACAACGACUAGAGGGCACUUACGUACAUGCUCAAACUGCUGGGCCGUCAGUUAAGCAAGAAGAAAAGCGACAAAUCGAUUUAACGGAAACUAAUAAGGGGGGAGCAGGGGCAACUGAGUCAAAUGAAGAAGGCAAUGGAAGUAGGAAGGUUCCUCCAAUAAGAAUCAUACUUCCUAGAACAGCAAGUGAGGAGAAUUCAAAUGCUGUUCCUUCUGAAGAAGCAACAUCUGUUGCUGCCGGUACGCGCAAUGGCGCAAAGAGAAACACUCGUGUGGCGAAAAAUCAAAUUAAAAAAGAAUCUACUCCAGAGGGUCCAGCAACACCACCUCCCGCCGAUAAUGGCAUGCACCGUAUGACUCGAAGCAGAGUACGUCAGGCCGGCCGAUCUCUAAAGGAUGAGGUGUUGGCAGCCGGUUGUUUUGAAAGCGCUGUCAAGCGAAGAGGACAAAAUGGUGCACGUCGCCAAGGAAAUUCUUCCGUACCUGGUGCGCCAUCGCCUAUGCCUGUAGUUGAAAAAGAAGACAAUACAGAUCCAGCAGCUGCUGAUUCAGGGACGUUUAAUAGCAAUGCCAACAGCUCUGAAGAUGGCAAUUCAGUGGGAUCUGUGGAUGGACUAAGUGCGUUUGCUAUGUCACUUAUGAAGAAGAACACAUAUGAGGGUCUUCGGAGUCUUCGUGCGAAAAUUGAAGAGUCGUGGUUAGAGACCAUGGCGCAGCAACCUCCUGACAAGCCUGAAUUGCCCUCCAACUAUGAUAGUUAUUUAAUCGUGAACAAAAAUUUUACGUUGAAAGAUACGGUCGACUAUGACAGAUUAAUGAAGGCUUGUGGGGCAGAAAAUUACUCGGAAGUUUCAUCGGACUUACAGGAUCUUUGGAAGUCUCAAGAAGAAAGAAGGUUAAGGAUGGAAAUUAAACAUAAGGUUGAAAGGGAAAAGUUGCAAAUGCUAGCAGAGAGGGAGGUUUUGCGGAUGCUUAACCGGAAAGCGAAUUCCGGACGAGAAGAUAUGUCAACUGUGCGUGUUCUACAUGAAACUGACAUUUAUAACACUUGGUAUGUGAAGGAAAGGUCGAUAGAUCAUCCGAUCGUCGAGUUUGAGGACGUCAAGAAGAAAUUCAUGGACCAAGUUACUCUCAUGGAGAAUCGUCAAAAAAUGGAAUCAGAUGCACUUUUUGCUGAACAGGUUUACACUUGGAACUCCCUGCUGAAAAAUAUUAGCCAUCCAUCUGGGCUCGCGCUUAAAGAUAAGGUUCCUAAAGUUUCAGUUCUACAUCUGGAUUUGCGUUUGUAG